AUGUCACCAAUAAGCACAGACGAUCUCCACAUCCUCUUCAACAACUUGGGCAAGAACAAACUCACCUCAUCGCCAAUAAGCAGCGACGAUCUCCUCAUUCUCUUCAAGCACUUGGACAAGAGCAGCACUGGCCGAAUCACCACCUCCCACCUGCAGAAUCUUCUCCGGGGAAUCGGAAUCCAGGCGACGUCGAAAGAGCUCAAGAAGCUCGUGGACGGAAGCGAUCUCGACUACGUGGAUUUCUUGUUCUUCUACGAAGCCAUCGCCAAAGACAACGGCGAGGAUCUGCGGAAGGCCUUCGAGGUUUUCGACGUUGAUGGAGACGGGUUCAUAUCUUGUGAGGAGCUGGAGAUGGCGCUGACGAAGAUGGGGUUCGUGGAGAAGGAGAAUUUGGGGGAUUGUAGGGAUAUGAUCCGUGUGUAUGACAAGAAUUUUGAUGGAUUUCUUGAUUUCGACGAGUUUAAGGAUAUGAUGUCAUCAUGA